GGACCGCACCCAAGCCUUUGUCUGGCCGCAGUGCCUUCUCUUGGUUGGUGAGUUCACAAGAAAGCUGGGGAUUUGACGAAGGCAACUACAAUCCAAGAGAAGUCUACAGCGUUGUCUCAUUUCAUCUUGGACUCAUCUACAUUAAAUAUGUCCUGGCAGAGCUACGUGGAGAGACUGAUGGCAGAAGGCACCUGUCAGGAUGCGGCCAUUGUUGGUUAUGGUGACGCCAAAUAUGUCUGGGCAUCACUAAGCGGCGGAACGUUCGCCAACAUCACGCCCGCCGAAAUCGAUGUGAUGAUGGCAAAGGAACGUGACUCUUUCUUCAUCCAGGGUCUGACUUUAGGCAAUAAAAAAUGUUCUGUACUCAGAGAUAGCCUCCACGUUGAUGGUGACUGGACCAUGGACUUCCGGACGAAGAAUCAAGACGGAGGGCCAACAUACAAUAUUUCUGUAGCCAGAACUGACAAAGUAUUGGUUAUGGUUAUGGGGAAAGAUAGUAUCCAUGGAGGAGUGCUCAACAAGCAAGCAUAUGUGAUGGCUGACUACCUGAGGAGGUCUGGAUACUGAAGUGGCCCUUUUCCACCAACCUACGCGUCGACCUGUCAAACACAUCUUGUCCUCGUUGCAAGUAUUUUUUUCUUCUCAUUCCCCCCCAACCCAUCUUAGCACAUUACCUUGAUCCAUACACAAGAGGAGCUGACGACUUCAUGAAGACCAAAAAAAUAAAAGCCAAUGAACAUUUUUCUUUCGUGCCCACUGACAUGACAAGUCCCACAACGUACCCUCUCCCCUAGAGAACCGCAUUGCCUUGUUUUGAUUGUAGUACUUUUCAAGCAGGAGCUCGUCACAUCUUUUUUCACCUUUCACAACAACUUGGAUGAGCAGCUGCAUGCUUAUCUGUUGCCUAUGUUACUCUUCUCAUAAUACAUGUACACACACACACACACACCCAAAACCAAUGGACAUUGGACAGUCAA